UUUUCCCUCCCUCUUUUUUUAAUUCCUUUUCUUCUUUUUUGUUUCUUUUUUUUUAAAGAAAUAAAUAUACCCCAUUUCAUAUAUAUCCCAUUCUUACUUACUUGACAAGUGACCCUAAAUUUCCAUUUUAAAAUAACUCCAUGAUAAAUGAUUCAACGACCAGUGUACACUCUCGCACCAACAACAAGGCUGUAGAGCCACAUUCAGAAAACGAUGUUAAUAAUAAAUCUCGCAAAUUUCGCUGGUCGUCAUGCUUUUCUUUUAUUACAAAGUUUAAAAAAUCCAAAUCUCAAAAGAUUAGACUAUCUCAAUCAUAUGAAGAAUUCGCACCUGUUGAAUAUCCCACCACAAAGUCAGAACCUGCUACUAUCCAAGUAUUGCAAGUGAGACCUUGCAGCUCUAUACCAUGGAGACAACAACCAUCUUCUUCACUUUCUCCGCCGCCAAGACAGGCAAAGUCCAAAAGAGAUAGUAACAUGAGCCACAGACAUUCUCAGCCUGCCGACCCUACAAAAUACGGUAGAAGACCUCUUGUCGAUCCUACACUCACCCCUCGCGUGAAACCCAGAUCCAUCAAGACAAAGAAACAACCUUCACUCUUACGUUUAUCUUUGGAUGCCGAAUUAUUGCAUUCCCCCGAUGGAGUACAUGACAACGAAAGCUUAUACACCUGUAAAACCGGCCACUCCAGUAGCUCAUUUACACUUCCGAAUCAAGUCCAACCUUAUCGAAGUGGAACUUUGGGUGCCACUCGCAAUCCCAAGCUCAGUCUGACGUUCGAUAAUGAUGUUCCACCUCUCCCUUUAUUAAAUAUACCCAGUAGUAAUGACCAUACAAGACCCAAUUCUCAAUCAACCACAACCACAUCAAACAGCAAUAUAUCCUUUGCAGAUUCCCCUGUUUCCGUUGAAGCAGUAGCCCUCGAUAUUGAUGGUGGCGAGAAACUAACCCUGAAGCAAAGAAGACAACGAAAAAGUCCUUUAUCUAUGCCUGAAACUGAACAGCUGACAAUAGCUCUGAAAGAACUCUUAGUGAACGAACAAGAAGAAAAGAAGAAACAGCAGCAACAAAGAAAGAGUUACCAAGAAGAAGUUUGGCGUCAACAACUCUUAGAACAAAGUAUUGCGUUUUCCUUUCAAAACAAGUCAAGACAAGAAGCCAUGUUAAUUUUAGAGGGAAAGAAAUCGCAAGGAGUUCUUUCUUUGCAACCUAUUGUUAAUGUCCAUGACUUGGAUCAUCAUUUUGAAAAGGGCAACAGUAAAGGCGAUGUUGUUCGAGACAAGGCACAGUAUGAUGCAAUUGUGUCUAGUUCAGCCAUCCAUAAAAGACAAUUGUCGCACGAUGAACGAAGAAACACAAUCACAAUCAGCAAUAAUAAUCGUACGUCUUUACGUGCACGGUCACCAUCCCAUUCAUCCGCCAAUGAAAAAAAAGUGUUACAAACUCAAACACAUCAACAAACAACUAUAGAAAAAGCAGCAGCAGCCAUUGAUGAACAUGGAAUAACCAAUCAAGCUUGUUCGACAAACAAAAAGACAAACAUCAUCGGCUCACAUUUAUCCGUCACUCCUGAGACGCCACCUCAUCAUCAGCUAAAUGCUCCUUCCUUAAUCUCGGCUCCUUCCACUCCCAACUCCAUUGAUUCUUCCGUUUUUGAAGAUUACAUGGUUCAUGAAAGACAACACGUAGCUCUUGCUCUCAAUCAUUGAUAAGACCAAAAAAAAAAAAAAAAAAAAAC